AUGUUCAUCGCUUUCAUCGCUGCAUCCCAAACGGAAGAUCACGGAAUACUAUGUCUGACCUACUCACAGGAAAUAGCAUGCUUCUCGUAUGACGACAAGCACGGAUUUCAUCUCGAUGAUUCGUCACUUCAGUGGUACUACCCUGCCGAGCUGGGUGCAGACCUCUCCACGGGGUUCGAGACAUUCGACAAGCAUGAUGACUCGGCGGACGAGCACCUCGAUAGCCUCCUCAAGACCGUCAUGUCCUACGAAGAAGAGGAAGGGAAGAAGCUUGAUGCACAGGUGGUCACCUGGCGUGGUAUGAUGACAAAGAUUAUGUCAGUCCCAUUCGAAGAUCGAGAUGGAUUCGAAAUGAAUGCUACGCUAUACCAAGACUGCAUAUUCAUCGAAGAGAACCAUGCCUACAAGCAAGCUUCCAAGGAAGAACAGCAGAGACAACAACAACAACAACAACAAGGACGGCGCGGCCAGUUCCCUCCAGAAGUCAUGGCGUAUUGGGGAUAUAAAUUUGAGGCCUUGAGCUGCUUACCCCGUCCCUGGGGAGAGGUUGACAGAGAAUAUAUCGAGAAACGUGGCGAGAAAAUUGUCAGUAACAAGGCCCAGUACUGUUCCGUAGUACGAACUGGACUGGGGAAAACAGUCAUGUGUCUCGGAGGCGAGGUCGACGCCAUCUGGGACUCGAAACCAACGCAGAAAGGUGCGCCCAUCAACUGGAUCGAGCUCAAGACGAGCGUGGAGAUCCGCGACGACCGCAGCAUGAAUAACUUCGAGCGCAAGCUCAUGAAGUUCUGGAUCCAGUCCUUCCUGCUCGGCGUCCCCAAGAUCAUCGUCGGCUUCCGCUCGCAGCAGGGCAUCCUGACCAAGCUCGAGGAGAUCCAGACGGCCAAGAUCCCCGAGACGGCCGCGAAGCGCGGAGUCAAGAGCUGGGAUGCCAACAUGUGCAUCAACUUCGCCAGUGCAUUUCUCGAGUGGCUCAAGAACACCAUCAACGACGAAGGGGUCUGGAGAAUAAGGAGGCGCCCGCACUCCCAGGCUAUUGAGGUAUUUAGAGUCGAGGAAGUUGGGCACGGCAGGAUCCUGACCGACGAGUUCAUCAACUGGCGCAUAAAGUUGGGCCUGAAGAGUAGUAAUGGUGAUGCCUGA